UUGAUCUAAGACCAUGUUUCCAGAUUAUAGUCAUUUAUUGCACUUUGCACUGCAUAGGGCAUUGAGAAUGACCCCUAAUAAAUUGUAUUAGGACCCUAACUAGCAAAACACAUUUUUGGGGUUUUAUGCUUGGAAGGAGCAUGUGAGGCCUUGGUGGGUAAACCACAAGCUAGCACACCUGAAACUUUCCCUCAAGCCACAGUUUUAUGAUUAUAUUUUAUUAUGAGUCUGACCAAUAGAAACUCACAUGGGGCUAUUCUUGGUCAGUGCUGCUUCUGAGACCCACUGGUCAGUAACUAGUGUACUGGAUGUUAUAGUACAGUUAUGGUGGUGAAGAAAGAAUUUUACAAAGAGUAUUUCAGGAAAUGUAUUUAUUCAGUAUGAGAAUGCCAACUGGCUGACUUUUUGUUUGAUUCUUUUUAUUUGCAAAGAUUCUACGCGGCAGAGAUCAUAUGCGGCCUGCAGUUCCUCCACGCCAACGGGAUUGUCCAUCGGGACAUCAAACUGGAUAACAUCCUGUUGACUGGCGAGGGACACAUAAAGAUCGCUGACUUUGGUGUGGCAGUAGAGGGAAUGUUUGGCCAGAGGAAAGUUAAAGGCAAGACUGGAACAGUGAAAUACAUGGCCCCAGAGGUUUUACAACGGAGAGAGUACGAUGCCGGAGCAGACUGGUGGUCGCUAGGAAUUGUCAUCUGCAAAAUGGCCGCCGGCAUGACACCUUUCUUUGAAGACGGCAACAAUGAAACGUACACUUCAUCAGUCAUCCAUGAUGAGCCCCUUUUCCCGAAAUGUCUGAGUGCUGAAAUAAAAGAUCUUCUGCACAAGCUCCUAGAGAAGGACCCAGAGAAGCGUCUUGGCUUUAUUGGAAACAUCCGAGCACACCCAGUUUUUAAUUCCAUCAACUGGGAGCAGCUGGAACGCCAGGAAGUACCACCACCUCUCUAUCCUGCAGAAUUAACACUAGACAAGAAAUAUUUCAAGCAGCCGAGGAUGCUCAUGGAAGAGGCGGGCAGCGAUUCUUCAAAUGAGAAAAGCAUGGAGUUAUCAUAUCUGAAUGACAGUUGGAAGAGCUGAGCCACUUCAAGAAAGUCAGGUUUCUUUAGCUAUAUUUACCAACCGUUAACAUCAUUUAACCCUGUCAUUUUAUUCUAUCCAGUCUCCAUUGAAGAACAGUGAAGAUGAAAACAUCUCUGAGCAUUUGAAAAAUCCGGCACCGAGGACCACCUGUCACGGCUUCGUAUGGGUACAUUUCUACAGACAGCCAUUUUUACCUCUUAGAGCCAGCCACCAUCAUUGCCUCUAACUCUGGCCCUUGCCCACCAUCUUUUGGCCUCCAUUUCAUGUCCAUAACAUCAGUCCCUAUGAUUGCCCCAUCUCUGGUUUUCUCCAUCGGCACCCAUCUUUGGCCCUGUCUAUUAGACCUAGAUCUGGUCCUUAUCACCACGCCUCCAUCUUUGGCCCAUGUCCAUCUCUGACUCUUACCAACAGUCUCCAUUUCUUGCCCUAUUUUUAAGCCCAGAGUUCAAUUGAGAUCAGUUAAGUUUCUUAAGUUCUUAAACACCCCUUCCCCUGCUCUUUGUGCACCACCUCGGUUUACUCCUCCCUGCCGCCACUCUCCACUUGCUGGCAAUCCUGAGUGCUCUCAGCAGACAAUCAGCUCCUCCACUAGCCUCCAUCUUUAGCACUCAUGACUUGCCCUAUCUUAUAUAUUAUAUAUAUAUAUUUUUGGCCCAAAACAUUGGCCCUUAUCUGUUGCCUCUCAGUGUGCACCACUGCUGCUCACUUUCACCUGCUACAACUCUUACCACUUGUUGGCAGUUCUCUCUGCAAGUAAUCUGCUCCCUCUUCAGUCUCACAUCCAACUGUUGCACCUGAGGCACUUGCUUCUGCCUACCCCUAGAUCCAGUGUGGCCCUCACCUUCAGCCACACAUCUCAUACAUACCACUGUCACAAUUAAAGAAGAACCAAACCAUUGCUAAUAAAAACUCCUACCCCCUACCCUACAUAGACCCCUCUCCCUGCUCCCCCAGCCUAGAUGUUACCUUUGGUAAUUGCCCCUCACUCUUUACUUACCCCUAGGUGCAGAUUUAGGGCAUGACAGUUCACAGGUGCCAUCUUCUUCUCUUCAGUAAUAUUUGGAUCUUAUUCUGGCGCUACAGUAAAUCCCGUGACUUUCGGCGCAUGCGCAGUUGUCGCAAAACAGCAGAUUGCUCGAACUGCGCAUGCGCCGUUAUAACGCUCUAUUCCCAUAGAUUACUGA